AUGUCAAACCUCCAAACAGACGGUCUUUCCGUCACUUACUCCUCUGACCGAACUGGGGCCCCGGAUCUACGACUGAUCCACUUCAAUGAUGUCUACCACGUCGACUCAGGCUCUGCAGAGCCUGUCGGCGGAGUCGCGCGGUUCCAAUCCCUCAUAAAUCACUAUCGUUCUCAUCCACAGUUCGUCGGGCAGCCUGAUGUCCUCACCUUCUUCUCAGGCGAUGCUUUCAACCCCAGUAUUGAAAGCACAAUCACUAAGGGAAGACACAUGGUACCAUUCCUUAACACAGUGGGCACCGAUGUGGCAUGUGUGGGUAACCAUGAUCUCGAUUUUGGAGUCGCUCAAUUCCGUCAUUUGGCUAGCCAAUGCCAUUUUCCUUGGCUUCUAGCCAACGUCCUUGACCCAGCAUUAGGAGAAGAUACCCCGAUAGGUGACUGUGGAAAGUCCUGUAUGUUGACUUCAUCCAAUGGGCUCAAGAUUGGCGUGUUAGGGCUUGGGGAAAGAGAGUGGCUCGGCACAAUUAACGCUCUUCCGCCUAAUCUGAUUUACAAAUCCGCAUCUGAAACAGCCCGUGUGCUUGCCCAACAGCUCCGAGACCAGGGGGCUGAUAUCGUCAUCGCAGUCACCCACCAACGCGAGCCCAAUGACUACAAACUCGCUAACAACCUUUCGCCCGAUCUUGUGGAUAUAAUUCUCGGGGGCCACGAUCACUUUUAUGCGCAUGCCGUUGUCAAUGGGAUUCAUGUGCUUCGGUCAGGGACUGAUUUUAAACAGCUGAGCUACAUCGAGGCUUUCCGAAAAUCCGACGGUGUGGGUGGUUGGGAGUUCAAUAUCAUGCGGCGCGAUGUUGUUCGCGCGAUUCCAGAGGAUCCUGAUACGGUGGCAAUGGUGGCACGGUUUACUUCCGCCCUGAAGGCUAAGCUGGACAAGCCGAUUGGAUUCACCGUCAGCCCACUAGAUGGUCGAUUCUCUACUGUGCGACAACGCGAAUCAAAUCUGGGUAAUUUUGUAUGCGAUCUGAUGCGCUUCUACUAUGGAGCCGAUUGCGCCAUGAUGGCGGGCGGCACCAUUCGCGGCGAUCAAAUCUACUCGCCAGGGAUCUUGAGGUUGAAGGAUCUGAUGAACUGUUUCCCUUUUGAAGACCCCGUGGUGCUGUUGCGUGUUCGUGGCCAUGCAUUGCUAGCUGCACUCGAAAAUGGAGUUAGCCAGCUCCCCGCCCUCGAAGGCCGAUUCUCGCAAGUGUCAAAUAUCAACUACGGCUUCAAGCUGGAAAACCCGCCCGGAUCACGCAUUACAUUUGCUCGUGUAGCUGGCGAGCCCAUUGACUUGCAACGCGAAUAUGUUCUUGCCACACGCGGAUACAUGGCUCGAGGAAAAGAUGGGUUCACUUCAUUACUGAUUGAAGCUGAAGGGGGCGAGGUGCAGGAGCUUGUAUCUGAAGAGAAUGGCGUACUCAUCAGUACAAUCCUUCGGCAGUACUUUUUAAGUCUCAAAGUACUCGGAAUAUGGAAUCAUUGGAGCGCUAGUCUAGGUCGGCAUUGGGGCACUGUACAUCGCAAUUUACACGCCGAAGGCUGGCUGAAGCCUCCGUCUGCCAAUACGUCUCCUAAAGCCGAGAAGACAGUAUGCAAGACACCCCAUACGCGGCCCACUCUUCGGCGUACAGCCCGGUCAUCAUACUACUAUGGUCGAUUCCCCGAAGAAAUCGAACAGGACACAAUUGACGUUACUGAGAACGACACGAAUGGCAAUGCUAUGGACUCAGACUCAGAUGAGGAUCCAGAUAUCCUUACGUCGCCGCGACCAAUCACCAACUAUGUCACUCAGCCGGCUCAAUCCUCUGCUGAAGAAGAGCACCGACUACAGGUUGCUCGGCGCGUUGUUCGAAAAUGGAUGCGGCAUGCUGGUUUGCAGUGCAGACUGUUGGACACCAUGGACGGCGAGGGAGAAUUUACUCCAGUCUGGACAUCAGGAAUCUCCCCUCGACUCGAGGGACGUAUUGUGGUAGAAUAG